UCCUUUUUGUCUCUCUCUCUCUCUCUCUCUUUCCCUUCCUAAUGCUAAAAAAACUCAUCAAACCUCUAUCUCUCAGUCUCACCAACCCUUUCCAUAUCCAUUUCAACUUUUCUUCCAUCUAAAUGUCAUUUCUCUCCUAUCUCCUUCCUCUCCUUUUCCUUCUCCUCAAUUUCCCCUCCUUUUCCAUCUCCGCCACAACAGCAUGUCCUCUAAACAUAACCAUCCUCCGCCACAUCGGCGACGGAACACUCCCACCAAUCGACCCUGGAAAACAGUGCCAUUACAUCACACAAGCAAUCAAUCUAGUCCAAUCCGAUUACCUCCACCGCACCGGCCUCUUCGUUCCACCUCCCAACACCGCCGAAUCAUGCUGGACUUCAUUCCAAUCAUUCAUAAACGAAUUUCAACCUAAUUUCGAUAUUCGUCGUUCUUGCGGUUUUCAAACUUCAUGGAUCUCACAAGGUUGCAUGAACAUCACAACAAAACAACAAUUCGAAAAUCAAGUCUCUUUACCUCAACUUCAAUCUCUUCAAUUAAACUGUAACACUUCUCUUGAUAACAAUACUCCUUGUGCUCUUUGCACAUCCAAACGCUCAGAAGCACUUUCAUCUCUCACCGGAGCAACUCCCGGUACCGUCGCUGAUUGUAGAUCUUAUACCGCGAUUUACUCCGCUUCACUUUCUGUUGAGUUUGGUCCAACUAACACCGGUACUGCUAAGUGUUUGUUCGGUCUUGAUUUCACUCCGGAUUCUUCGGGUUCUAGCAGUAAGCAUAAAACUACUGUUAUUGUUCUUGUAACGGUUUUUCUAUUUUUAGGAUUGUUAUUGUUUUGUGGAAUUUGGAUUUUUCUUAAACGGAGAAAAAUUGCCAAAGAGAAAGGUAAGAAUGGUAGAACUGAGAUUGUUAUAGGUUUGAAUUCGGGUUUGGAUUCGAUGAAUCAAAGUACUACUUUGAUUAGGUUUAGUUUUGAUGAGAUUAAGAAAGCAACUAGGAAUUUUUCUAGGGAUAAUAUAAUUGGAAGUGGUGGUUAUGGAAAUGUUUAUAAAGGUUUGUUAUCUGAUGGAACAGAAGUUGCAUUGAAAAGGUUUAAGAAUUGUUCUGUUGCUGGUGAUGAAAGUUUUACUCAUGAAGUUCAAGUUAUUGCUAGUGUUAGACAUGUUAAUCUUGUUGCUUUAAGAGGUUAUUGUACUGCUACUACUAAUUUAGAAGGUCAUCAGAGGAUUAUUGUUACUGAUUUGAUGGAGAAUGGGAGUCUUUAUGAUCAUUUAUUUGGUUCGUCGAAGAAGAAAUUGAGUUGGCCGAUGCGUCAGAAGAUUGCUCUUGGUACGGCUAGGGGUUUAGCUUAUUUGCAUUAUGGUGCUCAACCGUCGAUCAUUCAUAGGGAUAUUAAAGCGAGUAAUAUACUCUUGGAUGAGAAGUUUGAGGCUAAGGUAGCGGAUUUUGGAUUGGCGAAGUUUAAUCCGGAGGGAAUGACUCAUAUGAGUACUAGGGUAGCUGGAACUAUGGGGUAUGUUGCUCCUGAGUAUGCUUUGUAUGGACAGUUGACAGAGAGGAGUGAUGUGUUUAGUUUCGGUGUUUUGCUUCUCGAGCUUUUGAGCGGAAGAAAGGCGCUUGAAACGAAUGAGGAUGGUCAACCCUCUGCUUUUAGUGACUUGGCUUGGUCAUUGGUUAGAAAUAAUAGGGCUUUGGAUGUUGUUGAAGAUGGUAUGCCAGAACCUGGUACACCAGAAAUUCUCGAGAAAUAUGUGUUGGUUGCUGUUUUAUGUUCUCAUCCACAGCUAUAUGCGAGGCCAACAAUGGAUCAGGUUGUUAAAAUGCUGGAAACAGAUGAUGAAGCAUUGCCCUCGGUAGUCGAAAGGCCAAUCCCUUUUAUUUCAGGGAGACUUGAUAUUGAGAAAUCUGCGAGCAAUAACUCGGGUCAGCUCUGCAGUCCCACUGGUUAUCAAGCAUAUACAUUGCAACAAAGUCGUCGCGCUUCUACUUGUAACGAAGAGGAAGGAAACUCAAAACGUCCUUCUAAUUUUAAGGAAGAGGAAGGAAACUCGGAACGCGGGUCUGUAAGCAAAGAUUGAGAUUGAGGAAAUAUUUAGAUUGUAUUCCACUGGUAUGUAUGUAUCAGCUUGAUUUGUUUGUAUAUUUAGAUUUUAGAUUGUAUGUUUUCUGAAGUGUUUUUCUACUGUAAAGCCUUAAAAUGAUGUACAAAAUUUGGUUUUCACUAUUUUUGUAGAGCUUAUUUAAUGGCAAUAGAAGAUUAUCAAGUUUUGCUUAUAUUGAAAUCACAUCAGAUGACACUUGUUCUUGUCAAAUAUGACCAGUAACAAGGUUUGGCAUAUUAUGCCGUCUCAUCUCAUGAAUUCAAGGAUUGUUGCUGACGUCAAUUUAGGGGCGGUACUGUACUUUUUUUGUUUUGAAAAUUUAGUAUCAGGCUAAAAUAACUACUAUUAAUUUGAGAGACACCAAUCCUGCCGCAAAGCUUAGUGUUAAAAUGUCAUGUAUAUAUGCUUGGUAUAAUAUAAGCAAAACUAAUAAGUAUAAAAAUAAUAAACUUACUGUUAAAAUGUCAUGUUGUGUAACCAAAAAAAAAAUGUAAUGUUACUCUGUUUGUCCUUUAUUAUUAUAAACUUGAGAAAAGAAGAAAAAAAAAAGAGAAUGGUCUUUUUUUUUCUACUUAAGUAAGUGUAAAAAAAGAAACUAAAAUA